CUCUCUCUCUCUCGUACGGGAAGCCACAUAAGAGAAAAGUAAGUCUCCAAAGAAAGGAUCCCCCCAUAAGCCACAGCUUUCCUUCCACCUUUUUCUCCACAUUUCCAAGACCAUUUCCUCUUUUGAAGGGGGUCUUAAUAUCCGAAUAUUUCCUGAAUCUUCUUUGAAUCAGCAAAGGAAGGAAAACGAAGCAAAUGACAACAACCUCCUCCUCCUGGUCUCUCUUACUCGUCCGUCUCCUGGCCGCCCUUUUGGCCCUCCCGGCCUCCGCCGGAAUCUUCCCGGAGGUCCACUCCGACAAGAAGGAGCCCCCGGACCCCCGGGACUUCUCUUCCACCACCACCACCAACACUGUUCCGGCAUUCCCCGUUGUCCAGUCCGCGAAACAGACCUGCCGCCUCGACCUCUCCGACGAGCUCUUCGGCGGUGUCGGCGAGGCCUGCGGCCGGUCGCUCGACCGCAGCCGCUGCUGCCCGGUUCUGGCCGCCUGGCUCUUCGCCGCCCACGCCCGGUCGGCUCUGGAGGUGGGACAACCUCCGUCGGCGACGGCGGAGGCGGCGGACGGACCGCUGAUGCCGGACGACAACCAGAAGUGCGUGGACUCGCUGCAGAGGUCGCUGGAGCGGCGCGACAUCCACCUGCCGCGGCCCAACGCCACGUGCGACACCGUGCUCUGCUUCUGCGGCAUCCGCCUCCACCAGAUCAGUUCGCUCCGCUGCCCGGCGGCGUUCAACGUGAGCGGCGCCGCCAGGAACGCUACGCCGACGGCGGCAGUGCGAGAGCUGGAGAGCAACUGCCGGAACGCCUCCUACGCCGGAUGCACUCGCUGUCUGCGGUCCCUUGAGAAGUUGAAGGGCCACGGAUCGGGGAGCAGCGGCGGUGAUCGGACGACGAGGUUGUUCGGGCGGGACUGCCAGCUUAUGGGGCUGACGUGGCUGCUAGCCAAGAACAGGACGGCUUACAUUCCAACGGUGUCCGCUGUUCUGCGCGCCGUACUCUACAGCGUCCGCCCGCCGAGCCACGAUGGGGACGGCAACUACAAGUGUAGCCCCGACCAGGAGAACAUGCCCCUCGCCGUGGACUCUCUCCAGUUCCAGAAGCUCGAGUCCUCCUCCGCCUCUUCCCGUUCUGCCCUCGUCUUUUCCUUCUUUUUCCUUCCUGUCCUCGCCCUGAUCUCUCUCGUGAGUGGUCCCGUGGUGCUUGGAGGCACCUGAGAGGAAAUGACAAAAGGUCUGUCCAUUUUUCGUCCUUUUGCCCGCUGUAAAAUUUUUAGUUCCCCAGUGCCGAGUCUAUAGUACAUGAUAUCUACAGUAAAUAUUGCUGCUGAUUCUCACAC